UUUUACAAAAACUACAAAAACCAAGAGGAAAACCGAAAUUCCAAAAAAGAAGUAGAAGAAAUAUUUCUUUUAAAUUUUUUUCGACGAAACCAACUCCCGAACACGUGCUUCUAAACAAAGUGCGGUGCAAACGCAAGAAGAAGAAAAGGAAAACGAAGCUCGCGAAUUCUUUUUUGGAAAUCUGCACCACGUUCACGGUGCCCAGCCGUGAGAAAACUUCGCUGCACGACACAGAAAAAAGCCUCGCCGGGCUCCCGCACGAUCCCAUCGCAAAGAAACAGCGAGCAACUCCGGCUAGCAAAUCGUUCGCCGGAUUUCGGACGAACUGUGGGAGUUUUCGCUGCUGCACGUGAAACCUUUGAAGAGGGUGCUGCGCGAAUCUGGGCGGCAGCUCCGUUGCGCAAAGAGAAACAUUUUGAACUAUUCGCAACGCCUUCGAAGAGUGAAAUCGAAACAGGAAACCCCGCACAAAAUCCCGUGUCUCAUUCCGAAAUCGGCCGAGUGGUGGUGUGCGUGCGAGACUCCUCGGAUUUGAUCACGUCGCACGUGUACGCAAUUCUCGCGGGUGCGUGCUGAAAAGAGGCGAAAGACAACAAAGAAGCCCGACCGAAUUUCUGGCGUGAUUUGCGAUUGUCGUCCUUUCCGCAGGCCGAACUGAUUGCGUAGCAACCACCAUCCCACACAUCGCCACACACGUCCGUCGCGUCACCACCAAUCCCGUCAGUGAGGUGUGAGAGGUCGUGCGUGCAUACAUUUUCGGGGUCGGAGUUUUCUAGUUUUGAAGCCCUCCUCUCCAGAGUUCGGUGACAAAAAAAGUGCGUUCACAGUGCGUGCGUGCGUGCGCCAAGGAUCGCGUUCGUGUCCGUGUGUGUGCAGCUGUGACUGUGUUUGUGCGAGUGUGUACCUGUGUCGUCUUAAUCAGCGCGAUUCAGGCGCCUCCUGUGUACGUGUCAUUCGCUGCCAAGAGACCGGGUCGACGUAUCGGGCUACUUAUCCGCCCCGCCCCCCUCCAGCAUCCCACCCACUGCCAACAAGCACUCCUCGGGGAUUCCGAUAGCUGCGGAAUCCGGAUUCGCGACCGAUUCACGGUGGCGCUACUCGUAAGGAGCGGAUCCACAUCCGGUGCAAUAUAUCUGGGUCGUCCCACGUGCCACGUUCGAUAACUCGAGGUGAGCAAGAGAGCAGGGCAGCACUUGGACGGUGCGCGGCCAUCGGAUAUCAAGGAAUCGCGUGAGAAAACCUCAUGCAGAAAGCGCUACUAGAAGCCUAGAUAAGAAGCUGCCAUCAUCGACUGAGAAACUUAUUUAUCAGGGAAUCCAUUUUUAGGUAUAGCUUCCCGGCGCUUUAUGUGCAAGUGAACCGAAAGAAUACUGCCCAGGAAUAUUGAGUGUAAUCGUGUACAGCCCCCAUCGUACGGUUGGUGUGGGCAUUCGAGCCAUAAGAGGAGCUACGUUUGAACACAACCCGACACAGUCCCCUGACGCAGCACUGUCUGCGCCGCUUGGUGUGAGUAAAGCACGCAACCUGGAGCAGGCUGAGAACAGGUGUUUAAGGAAAUUGUAUAAAGCCAAAACAAGAGUGCAACGAGUGCGGCCGCAAACAUGGCAACGGAUAGUGGCGAUAUCGCCACCGGUGCUCCGGGCUUGGUGGCCGAGAAGAUCCUGCAGCAACAGGAAGACAACAAUAACGAGGAACCGAAGCCACUACCGACCGUUAACGGUACGAUGGUGGCCAGCGACCGCGAACUGACGGAGAACAGUCUGAACAACAACACUACCAACACUAACCUGGCGAAGGACGUGGAAGAGGAGGGAACCGGUGAGAACAAUAACAGUAGCAGCGCCACAACUCCCACCACCCCUAACGUUCCGGCCGGUGGUGGUGCACCACCACCAUCGAUCGGCACUCGCAUUCGCCGUAACUCGGAGAAACUGAAGGACGAGGAUGGCAUCGGUGCGGGUACGCCGGGGUCGCGUAAAAAGUACUCUCUGGAUGUGCUGCUGUCGCUCAAGGAUUCGGCGAUUGGACGGGAGAAACCGUCCACCAUACCGGACGUAUGCCGUUCACUGUUGAAAGCCAACCCGGGUACAUUCGUUUCCUCCUCGGUCAGCAACCGUCAUAUGGGCGGUGGUGGUGGUGGAGGAGCAGGAGGGGGAGCAGGAGGUACCGAUAAUUCACUUUUGCCCAGCUUCAUGAAGAGCAUGGGCUUUGGUGCUCCUCCACCAUCGGGAGGUGACGGAUCGGACGGGUUCGGUUUGCGUCCACCGAUCAAUCGCAAUCUUUACCGGGGCCGGCUAUCGGCCAAGGAAAUGUCCACACGCACGGGAGGCCCAGGAGGCCCUGGACGCGGUGGUGGUGGUGGUGGCGGUGGCGCUGAGGGUAGCGGUCCGUCCAGUAUUGACGACGUCGAUGGCAAGAUGAUCAAGUUGAACCUCAACAUCACGGAGGAGGUGAAGCUGAAGGGUUCGGCCAACGCCUGGAAGCCGCGCUGGAUGCAGCAGGCCGCCGGAGAGGAAAUGGACGAGGAUCAGAAGAAAACACAAGAACUCUCGCGCCAGUUCCGGAGUGUGCUGAACAAGCUGACGCCCGAGAACUUUAACGUGCUGAUCGAGCAGGUAAAGACGUUCGAGAUCGACACGGAAGAACGGCUCGAUAACUGCAUCAAGAUACUGUUCGAGAAGGCUAUUCUGGAGCUGAACUUCUCCGAUACGUACGCCAAGAUGUGCAAGGAGCUCGGGACGCUGCUUAGUGUGCAGUCCGAGGGAAAGAAGAAUUUUAAGCGCAAACUGAUCAGCCAAUGUCAGAGCGAGUUCGAGAAGCACCAUCAGGCAUGCAAGCGUACCGACAAGCAAGCCGAGGAAAACGUAAAGAUUAAGGAGGAAUCGGACGUACCGUUGACGGCCCAGGAGCAGGAAGAUAUGCGGCUCGAGCUGGAAGAACAAAAGUAUCGCAUUCGGCGCCGUGCGCUCGGUACAAUUCGCUUCAUUGGCGAGCUGUACAAGCACGAGCAGCUGCGCGCCAAUGUGAUGGUCUCGUGCAUGAACAUUCUCUUUGGCGACGACAUGCUGGACGAGGAGUCGCUCGAGUGUCUGUGCAAGCUGCUGACCACAAUCGGGGCACGCAUUGAGAAGGAAGAGGAAAAGAGUCUGGACGUGUGCUUCACCAAGCUGCAGUCCGUGGUCGAACGCAAAACGCUGAUGCCGGGUGGUGAACCGGUGUGUAAUCGGAUCCGCUUCAUGAUCAUGGAUCUGCUCGAUCUACGCAAAAACCGGUGGCAACCGCGACAGGCCGUCGCUACACCCAAAACGCGAGAACAGAUCGCGAAGGAGGUCGAGGCGGAAGAGACCAAGAACUGGUUGCUCAACUAUAACCUACCGCGGGGCGGUGGAGGCGGUGGUCGCAAUCACCAUCAUAACGAUGGGGGUGGUGGUGGCGGUCGCGGUGGUGGUGGUGGCGGUGGCAGUGCCUCGAAAAACAAGCGCCUAGUCGACGAGGAUGGUUUCGUGCAGCCCGCCACAACCCGUAACCCAUGGACAAUGCCGGCCAUCGAUCCGAAGAAAAUCAAUCUUUCGGUUGCUAAAGCCGGAGAAGAGACACGUCUCGGUUCGGCCUCGAUGUUCCAGGGCUGGGGUAAAACGAAUGUAUUUGCUUCGCUCAACACGGAUGAACAAGCGACGCCCGCUCCGGCUCCCAGCUUUUUCGGUGCUUCCGGCCCCAUGGGUGGUGGCAGCAGCAGCGGUGGUGGUGGCGGCGGCGGCGGAGGUGGUAAAGGACCAGGAUCGCAUAAAAAGUCCGGCGGAGGCGGCGGCGGCGGUGGCAACAAUUCCAAAAAGCAGCACUACCACGGCCGCAGCAGCAGUCACUUCUGAUAGUCAGGCUCUGCAGAGGAGGAUCGAUCGUCACACACCCCGCUUACUAGAUCAUCGUGAGAGCAUAAUAGCCUAGCAAAAGAGAGUGAGAAGGAGCGUACCCAUCCAAGCACACAGCGAGCCAUGUUCCAUGGGAAUUUUGUUUUUCUAUUUGUUUUUCUUUGUUAUCGUGAAUUUUCUCUAGGACUUUUUCCCUUUUCUCUCAAUACACGGUUCUCCAAAUUCCUAUCCUGAAGAGAUAGAUAAAUCCCAACCAUCAUGAUAUCCAAUGUUUCCUUCUUGUAUUGCCUUCUUCUGGACACAGAGCCACAAGCAAACAAUUUGCAUUAUGCUCCUCCUCCUUAUUCAUUUAUGAUUGUCGCAAAAAACAAUUACUCUACAUAUGGGGUAGAGCGGUGCGAGAGAAAAUCGAAAGCGUGUGACUGGGAGAAACUGUUUAGCAGGGAUUUUAUAGCAACUACAUAAAAUUGCUUAAAACAAUACAUUAUACUAUAAGAUUAGGAAAGCAAAACACGCCGGCAGAGUAGCAGCAGCCUCAGAAGAGUUCCUUCGACCAGCAGCAGUCGUGGAAGUGAACGCGUAGUCGUUAAAAAAAAGGGUUAAUGCAAGAUGGAAAACACCGAAGACGGAUGAGAAGAAGAAUGAGAACUGACGUGGAAAAUUUAGGUGUUUAUAUACUCGAUAAAAUGCAUAAACAAGUUAUUCAUAAAUAGAUAUAGGUAGGAAGCAAAUCUGAUUCUAAAUCAUCGGCAAGAUAUAUUUAAAAUAGAUUAGCCAAAAACAAAACAAAACAAAACAAACAAACAAAAAAACAAACCAAUUAUUAUCCUCCUCUUCUAAACGCGCGCAGGUAAACCAAGUGUUUUCCCCAACUUUGAAACAAAUCUGAAUGUUGUGUUUCCCUAACCUUCCAUCGAGACGAUGUGUUCCAUAGCCGAUAAACGUUGAGAACGGAGUAAAUCCAUUGCAUAACGAAAGCAUAUGUAGCAGCAGCAGUAGCAUCAGCAGCCAACAAGAACCGGCACACCCGCGUUCGGUCGGUCGGUGCCAUCGUGUAAAUAGAAUAACGCAAAACAGCAAGGGCAAUGUCCUUCACACAUGAGCAUGAGUUACAGCCUAACAGAAUAGAUAAGGUGCAUGUAUUUGCAAAGAGACUCUCGCUGGUGGUGAUCAGUAGUGUGUUGGAGAAACUCAUAGAGCAAUGCUGCAGCAUUACCGACAGGAAAGUAAAAGUCCAGAAUGCAAAGUGUGCUCUUCAUAUGAUAAAGAAAAAGUUGCCGAUCAAUUCAGGGUGCAUGAAGUUGAGGUUUUCUUUUCAGUAAUUUUAUCCUUUUUUUAAAACAGUUAUCAGAAUAUAGCAAAACUGAAGUUUGCCCUCGUCGGCACGCAGGAGCCGGCAGGAGCGAAGGGAGGGAUUUGGUGUAGAGAGCAAACAAAACAUUAAAAAACGAUUAACAAAAAAAAGGUGAAAAAAGGUUUACAUUAUAAGGAACUAGCAGAUAAAUAGGAUUUGAAAAUUAUGCUGAGUCCCAUGAGCAAACAACUACAUAACUACAGCAGCUGGAUACAGAUACAGAAGAACAUCGCGUUCCGUUAGCGGCUACACCAUAUUUUAUCACUAGGUUUUCAUUUGGUUGUUAUGGGCUAGCUAGCAAGAAACCGAACCCCCGGGACGACAGGAGUUUGUAUGAUUCUCUCAAGUCGUUGCGGAUCGGUCGAGAUUUAAUUCAAUCUUAAAAGGCGUUAAAGUGGUACACGAGUACCGCGCAAUCCAUCACCCAGCAUGCUGAGGAAUUGUGGAUAAAACUCAACAUCAACUACUUCCUCUUCCUUCAGGGCGUAUACGGUACAGUGUCCACUUUCCCUCUUUCUGUUUCAAUAGCUCUAUGUAUCACGUCAUGGUUAUUGUAAAUAAAUAAAAAAAAUGCCUCAGUUUGUACCAGCAAA